CGGGCUAUAAAAGCAACUUGUCGACAGAGAAGAAUUAUCAGUUACUGCAAACACAACAAUCCAAUAACAAGCUAUCAAUAUGAAGUUCCUCGCUUGCUUUUUACUCUUGGCUGUCUUACUUUUCGUGGGUGAAACUCAGGCGCAAUGUUCAAAUCCACCACAAUACUACAGCUGCGGCGGUGGCUAUCAUAGCGGUAGAAGGGGUAGCGGUUGUUACGCUGGCACUAGAUGGUAUUACAAUCCGGGCUCUAGGAGUUGUAGCAGCUUCUAUUACUAUGGCUGUGGUGGUAAUUCAAACCGUUAUUGUUCACUUAGCGCCUGUCAACAGAGGUGUUCUUACAGUGGUUAAAAGUUGAUUAUUAAUUUAUCCGAUUUUAACUUCAAAAACAUAAAUAUCAAUCUGUAUUUCAAUGAAUAGUAAAUGUCUUUAAAUUUUGGAAUUCUAAUAAAAUUGGUUAAUAAUCUUAA